AUGUCGUUCUUCAGGAAGCUCGAUCCCAAGACGGAUCUCGGUACGCCUUCGUCGCUCAAGUCGUCUGUGCAGCGGGGCAUCCGUACCAAGCUGCUGGAGCAGUACCCCGACACGCUUGGCGCCGACGAUGGCGCACUCCUCGAAAGCAUCUGGCCGAAGAAGGAGUCCAUCACGUCAGCCAAGUACAAGCCAGAACACAUCCAAAUCCUGCUGCUGCGCAACAUGCCGAUCUUUUUCCAGCACUAUGAUGGCCCAUACAUCCCGACUCUGCAUCUCCUGCACAAGUACCCGGCGCUCCUGCCGUCGAUCCAGGUGGAUCGUGGUGCGAUCAAGUUCCUCCUGUCGGGUGCCGCUGUCAUGGCGCCGGGUCUGACAUCGGCAGGCGGUCGACUCCCUGACCCCAGCAAGGGUGAGAAGCCGCUGCCGAAAGAGACCGUUGUGAGCAUCAAGGCCCAGGGCAAAGAGUUUGAGGUCGCGAUCGGCGUGCUGAAAGUUGACACAGAGGAGAUCCGCGCCAAGGGCAAGGGCAUUGCUGUGGACAAUGUACACUACCUUGGUGACGAUCUGUGGGCCAUCUGCUCUCGCGGUGGUCUUCAGUAA